AUGACUGAACCUUUUUAUGUUGCUGUGAAAGCUUCUCUUCAUGCUAGUGAUUCAUCUGUUUUUGGAUUGGCUCCAGAAGAAAUAAUUGCUUUGUCUAAACGCUAUUCUGAUUGUAAUAGAGAGGUUAUUAACGGAGUAUUGAUUAAAGCUAGUCCUUUAAAAGUUAUUAACUCACUAUCUGAACUUGGAUACCGUGUUGUCUGCAGUUCUGGUGAGGCUGAAAUUGUCUGGACAUUGAAAAGAGACGUUUUGACUUCCCCAGGCCCAAUCGAACGUACAUAUGCCUCACCUAGCAGUGAAGGGGAUUCCAGAGGGUAA